AUGACUGUGGUACCUGUAAUGACUGUGGUACCUGUAAUGACUGUGGUACCUGUAAUGACUGUGGUACCUGUAAUGACUGUGGUACCCGUAAUGACUGUGGUACCUGUAAUGACUGUGGUACCUGUAAUGACUGUGGUACCUGUGAUGACUGUGGUACCUGUAAUGACUGUGGUACCUGUAAUGACUGUGGUACCUGUAAUGACUGUGGUACCUGUAAUGACUGUGGUACCUGUAAUGACUGUGGUACCUGUAAUGACUGUGGUACCUGUGAUGACUGUGGUACCUGUAAUGACUAUGGAACCUGUAAUGACUGUGGUACCUGUAAUGACUGUGGUACCUGUAAUGACUGUGGUACCUGUAAUGACUGUGGUACCUGUAAUGACUGUGGUACCUGUAAUGACUGUGGUACCUGUAAUGACUGUGGUACCUGUAAUGACUGUGGUACCUGUAAUGACUGUGGUACCUGUAAUGACUGUGGUACCUGUAAUGACUGUGGUACCUGUAAUGAUUGUGGUGACCGUAAUGACUGUGGUACCUGUAAUGACUGUGGUACCUGUAAUGAUUGUGGUACCUGUAAUGACUGUGGUACCUGUAAUGACUGUGGUACCUGUAAUGACUGUGGUACCUGUAAUGACUGUGGUACCUGUAAUGACUGUGGUACCUGUAAUGACUGUGGUACCUGUAAUGACUGUGGUACCUGUAAUGACUGUGGUACUUGUAAUGACUGUGGUACCUGUAAUGACUGUGGUACCUGUAAUGACUGUGGUACCUGUAAUGACUGUGGUACCUGUAAUGACUGUGGUACCUGUAAUGACUGUGGUACCUGUAAUGACUGUGGUACCUGUAAUGACUGUGGUACCUGUAAUGACUGUGGUACCCGUAAUGACUGUGGUACCUGUAAUGACUGUGGUACCUGUAAUGACUGUGGUACCUGUAAUGACUGUGGUACCUGUGAUGACUGUGGUACCUGUAAUGACUGUGGUACCUGUAAUGACUGUGGGGGAGAUGUUUAUAAUUAAACAAGUACUUUUAAAAAUUGUUAUACGCGUACUUCAUCAUCAGUCUGAGCCCUUGAGGUUCAUUUCUUUGAUCUCUUUCCAGUUGUAG